UAUAAAUAUAUUUUUGUGUUAAUAUAUAUAUAUAUAUAUAUAUAUAUAUAUAUAUAUAUAUAUAUAUAUAUAUAUAUAUAUAUAAAAUAAAAGUUAAUGGAGAGCUUUUUAGAGAGAAGGCAGAGCAUCUCUGAAUUUCCGCCACUUUCCGCCGGCGGCUACCAUCCUUCGCCUCUAUUUUAUCAGCCGGUGAGCGAUCCUGGGCCGUCCAUUAGGCCUCCACACCAUACCUUUCCAUACAUUGAUGUUCUCUGUGGAUCUCCAUCAACCCUAGAAAUCGAUGGUGAUAUACGACCCCUCGUUCUAGUUCCCCUUCCUCCUCUUGCUCAACUGCAAGUUACGGGAGCACACAUGCAAAAUCUUUCAAAGAACUUUGCUUCCACAGCUACUGGUUCAUCAAAAUUUCGCAUUGAAGGUAAGAUCUUCACCUUCACAAAAUCGAUUUUCAAUCAGAAGAUUUGUAUUACCGAAAAGCAUAGGAACAAGAGCUUCAACAUCUGGCUAGAAUUAGACACCUGGGCCUGGCUCCUAGAGGCUCUCCAUUUCAUCACAAUGGAAGGAAGGCUUCGAUCGGCCUAUCGAAGGGAGAAGAUGAGUGUGCUCACCCUAUCAUUUCAGCCGCACAGAAGAGGUAACCAAAUCAGACUAUGCGAACAUCAUCAAGAUGGUAAGACUUAGGUUCUCAUCCCUGAGGGUAUUCAAGGUUAUGGCCUUACUUCCUUCAUCUCUUGCUUUCAGAAAAUUUAUGAUAAUCUUAAGUCCUCUGUUCCCUGUUCCCCUCCUUUUAUUGAUAAUGCCUUAGAAUGUGCCUGGACUCACCCUCCCCUUAUCCAACAUACGUACUCUAUCUCUGCUACUUUACUUGAUUUAGAUAUUUCUACAAAUCUAUAUCACACCCCCAUUUUCUGUCCUAAUAAACCAACUACUUUAUCCUCCCAAAAUCAGCCAUGUUCAUUGUCUGCUUUGGCUCCAGCCUUCACCCCUCAAAGCUUUGUCUCCCCACCCAGCCACCCUCCUACAUUGGCAUGCUUAGAACCUCCUCAUUUCCAGGGUUGUUCUAAUUCAGACAAUGAUAUCGAAAGCCCAUCCUGGAGCAAAAACCUCGGGUACAUCUCUGACCUGAAGUUUCACCUUUGGCAAAACCUUUCAAGAUUCCUUCAGAAGAAUCUGAAGAUGAAUGGGUGACUGUUAGAGGAUCAGAAGAAGAGGGAGAUUGGCAUGUCUAUAAAGAGGUUUACAUGAAAAAAAACCUGAAGAUGUUUGAUCAAUUGUGUUUGCAAUUCAAGGAUAAUCCCCAACCAAGAAGAAGUAAGAGGCUAACAGAACUCAAAGCUAAACGUGUUUGGGAAAAGAAUUGAUUUUUGUGGAGAGGCUUCAGUGGCAUAAAUCAUGUUGUUUCUCUUUUUCUCUUGGUUAAGUAUGCAUGGUUCUAAGGAUUUGGAUUUUGUUUGGAUGUCUCUCUUCCAAUCUCAUUUCCUGAGUAAGUUGCUGGUUUUCAAUGUUACUGCAUUACUUGGAUCUGGCCAUAGCAUUUCAAAUUUCAAAAAAUUCCUCUACUUUGAGAAUGGUUAAGCCAUCCGGAUGGAGUUACAAAUUUUGAAUAAUCUGAAUCCGGAUCAGUUUUAUUCUCUAUAGUUGCUGAAUAGACAAGUGCAGUGCUGUAUUUGGUGGAAUGACAUGGAGACAGUUUUUAGUGGACUUAUCCCCUUACUACUUCAAGGAGAACCGGACAAACCAUCACAGGCUGGUACUUUUGGACUUGGAGCAGAUUGAUAUUUUCGACUCAUCCACCUUGUACUCUAGGAUUGUUUUGUUCUGUUACCUUUGGAUUAGUUUGUGAGGACUUUCCUCUUGUUUUCUUUAUUGUCAGUCUCCCACUUGUAGGGGUU